AACCACUUUAAGGAUCAUUAGUAUGUAAUAUAUCAUAGUCCGAGCUUAGCUCGAUAAUUUUCUCCUCCUCUUCCUUUUCUUCUCUCGUUCUAUAGUCCCUCACCAAUAUCAUCCAUCAGUCCUUACGCUUCUUACUUCCUUCCCUCUGAUAACCAGUCAAGCAACACCAUGCUCUGGAACUCCCCCAACGAGGAGACCCCACCGGAGGACCCAAAGCCUAUUCCUCGCGAGAAACUGUCUCCCCAACUACAGCAACUCGUCGAUCACGAUGACAGGACUUUCUACGAUGAUAUCUACGGUCCUUACUCCAUAGACUCAACAGACACCCCCUACCGCUACGCCGGCUACGCCAACCGCCUCCGCACCAUCCUCCUCUCCGCCCACCGCUACGUAGCCUACACCUCCGACAUAGGCGAGUCCUUCCGUCCCGUCUCACACCCCUACCUCGUGCGCUCCGCCUACGCCAUCUCCUGGACCUACCUCAUCGGCGACGUCGCCCACGAAGGCUACAAGGCCUACCUGCGGAACCGGGACGUGCUGGCCCCGCCCUGCGAGUCCUACAAGGAUGCCGUCUCGCACGGGGACGUCGUGCUGGGCAUGGCGACGGGGAAUGUAGCCGGCUCGCUACGUCCUUCCCAGUCGCUGUCCGGGGCGCAGUCGCAAUCGCAAGCAGAGCAGGAAUCGCUCACGCCUUGGCCCGCGACGUCCAUCCCGCUGAUCGAGGAUUACCGCGUUGUGAUGGCCAAACGGGCUGUCUUUCAGGGUCUGGCGAGUAUGGGGCUGCCUGCGUUGACCAUCCACACGGUGGUUAAACACUCCGGUCGUAUGCUCAAGGAUUAUAAGAGUGCGUUGCUGCGCACGUGGUCUCCAAUCGGGCUCGGCCUCGCAAUCGUCCCCUUCCUCCCCUACAUCUUCGACGAGCCCGUCGAGCACGCCGUGCAAUGGUCCUUCCGCGAAGCCAUCCGCGCCUACGCGGGCGACGACGCCGUGCGCGCGCUCCCUCCUGCGCCGCAUACGCCUGAUAAGGAUUCUACUACGCUGGUCCGGUUGCUGCAUGUGGAGCAGGAGAAGAAUAACCAUGGCAAUGGUGGCUCCGCUGCUAGUGACUCCGCUAGUGUCUCGUGGGAGGAGUAUAAGGCGGAGAAGAAGCGCGCGAAGGAGCAUCGGAUGAGUAUGAGGGAGCGGGAGGGGGUGGUGGUGAGGGGCAAUAUAUAUUAA